AUGAAGAUCAAGAAGCUAUUGCCAUUGGAUGCAACGUCUCGUAGACUGAUUGACUGGAUGGAGAAAGGUGUGUAUGAUGCAUUACAGAAAAAGUACCUAAAAACACUGUUGUUCUGCAUAUGCAAAUCGGUGGAUGGACCGAUGAUUGAGGAAUACUCAUUCUCUUUUAGUUAUUCCAAUUCUGAUUCCCAAGAGGUUUCUAUGAAUAUUAAUCGUACUGGAAACAAGAAGCAAGGCAAAGCAUUCAACUCUAACUCCACCUCUGAAGUUACUCCCAAUCAAAUGAGAAGUUCUGCUUGUAAAAUGGUCCGUACUCUGGUUCAACUGAUGAGAACUCUGGAUAAGAUGCCAGAAGAGCGUACUAUAUUGAUGAAACUUCUCUACUAUGACGAUGUGACGCCAGUGGACUAUGAGCCUCCCUUCUUUAGAGGCUCUACGGAAGAGGAAGCUCAUAAUUCAUGGACCAAAAAUCCUUUAAGGAUGGAAGUUGGAGAUGUCAACAGCAAUCACUUUAUGUUAGCUCUCAAGGUGAAAAGUGUACUUGAUCCCUGCGGGGAUGAAAAUGAUGACAUUCAAGAUGAAGAAGUAAACCUCGAUGCCGACUCUGUUCAAAGAGAUGAAUCUUCUGAUUCUGAUAGUGAGGUUAGUGAAUCACGAGAUGAAGAAUUUGUUGUGGCACCAGUAGAUAAGCAUCGACCAGACGAAGAAAAUAGCGUGGUGGAUGAAGAUGAUACUCAAGACCCCAUGGAAGAUGAACAACAAUUGGAAAGGGUGAAGAAUUGGAUCAAUAAUCUUCAUCUUGACACUGUUGGAGUUACUGAUGUGCUCUCCAAUUUCCCCGAGAUCUCAGUGGUUUUGACAGAAGAAAUAAUGAACAAACUCAUAAAGCAAGGUGUUUUGUCUAGCAGUGGAAAAGACAGUUACACCAUAAACAAGCAGAAGAAAUCCGAGUGUGAAUUUCCGGUUAAAGAAGAAAUGGAUGGACAAGUCCACAUUGUUCAGAAGUCUCCAAAGGUUGAAGAUCACUUGUAUAUGAAGGCUUUGUACCAUGCUCUUCCAAUACAUGUGUCAGCUGCAAAGCUUCAUAAGAAGCUGGACGGACAAGUAAAUCAGAAUGUUGUUCGAAAGAUUAUAACUAAGAUGACGCGCAAUGGUUUUUUCGAAGCUAAAGGCAACCGUAGGCUAGGCAAACGAGUAAUCCACUCCAAACAGACAGAGAAAAAGCUACUGGAAGUCAAGAGAGCUCUAAACAAUGACCCAAUAAGAUUGGGUCUCAACAAUACCCAAUAA